AUGGUUCCAAAUUCGCAGUUAUCCAAAACCUCUAGUGAUCUACUGGCGGCUAAGGAAAUGUAUUGCAGUCUUGUUGGCAGGUUAAUGUAUUUAACAAUUACUCGCCCUGACAUUACUUUUGCUUUGAACAAGUUGUGCCAGUUCUCUUCUGCUCCUCGCACAUCUCAUCUCACCGCAGUUUAUCAGGUUCUGCAAUAUGUUAAAGGCACUAUAGGAAAAGGUCUUUUCUAUUUUGCAGACCCGGACAUUACUUUUGCUUUGAACAAGUUGUGCCAGUUCUCUUCUGCUCCUCGCACAUCUCAUCUCACUGCAGUUUAUCAGGUUCUGCAAUAUGUUAAAGGCACUAUAGGAAAAGGUCUUUUCUAUUUUGCAGACCCGGACAUUAUUCACAAAGGUUUUGCUGAUUCAGAUUAUGCCUCUUGUCCUGACAGUAGAAGAUCCACUACUUGUUUUACUAUGUUUCUGGGAUCUUUUCUCAUCUCUUGGCUGUCCAAGAAACAACUAACUAUUUCUCGUUCAUCAGCUGAAGCAGAAUACAGAGCUCUCACUCUUUCUUCAUGUGAGAUGAUGUGGCUCCCAACUUUGCUUUCUGACUUACGGAUUGCAUGGACACAAUGUUUGCCUUGUACUAACUGUUACGACCAAUACGCUCCCAUAUUCGACCCUUCGAAAUCCUCAACCUUCAAAGAGAAAAGAUGCAACACCCAUGACCACUCUUGCCCUUACGAUCUUGUCUACGCAGACGGAAGCUAUACCAAGGGAACCUUAGCAACCGAGACAGUCACGAUCCAUUCAACUUCAGGGGAACCCUUUGUGAUGCCUCAAACCAUUAUUUGUUGUAGCCACAAUAGCUCAGGGAUUAAAAGACAGAGUUCUUCGGGCAUUGUUUGUCUAGACUGGGGACCUUUAUCGCUCGUCACUCAGAUGGGAGGGGAGUACCCAGGUUUCGUCUCUUACUGCUUCUCUGGUAAAGGAACUAGUAAGAUCAACUUUGGUGGGAAUGCUAAUAUAGCAGGAGAUGGGGUUGUAUCAACCACUAUGUUUAUGACAACAGCAAAACCCGGUUUCUAUUACCUAAACCUAGACGCGGUCAGCGUUGGGGGCACCCGCAUUGAGACAUUGGGGACACCGUUUCAUGCCUUGGAAGGGAACAUGGUGAUAGACUCAGGAACCACUUACACGUUUUUUNAUUGGAAAGCUAUAUGUGUUCGAUACUUCUCCAUCUAUUUCAAUCAAUGCAGUGAGGCAGUGGAAAAAGUUGUGAAAGCGGAUCGAGUAGUUGACACGAGCGGCAAUGACUGGUUGUGCUACAAUUCGGACACCAUAGAGAUAUUUCCGGUGAUCACAAUGCAUUUUUCUGGCGGUGCGGAUCUUGUCUUGGAAAAGUACAAUAUGUAUGUGGAAUCGGAGGGAGGAGGACUGUUUUGUUUGGCUAUUUUAUGUGGUAGUGCGACACAAGAAGCUAUCUUUGGGAAUAGGGCACAGAAUAAUUUUUGGGUGAGUUAUGAUUCUUCUUCACUGCUGGUUUCUUUUAAGCCCACCGAUUGUUCUGCGUUGUGGAGUUGAAGAAACAAAGCAAG